AUGUACUCCCUCUCACAGUCCUUCGCUGUUUUGGCCGCUGUGAUCCCCCUUGUCCUGGGCCAGGGGGCUACUGAAGUCACCACGUCUACCUUGGAACGGACUUUCACGGCCUAUGCAAUCUCUCAACCCGCGAGCGUGUCUACUAUCCACGUCACCAAAAUCCUCGACACGACUACUCUAACAAGCACGUCGAGGGUUACCACAACGAGCCCCAUUCGAUUCACAACUGUCGUUCCUUAUACUUAUUUGUCCACCGUCAACGUGACAAGCACUUAUCGGGCAACAACCGACGUCUUCACCAGCACUUCCACCAGCACGGAGUAUGACAUACAGAACCGCACGUCCACCUCAUAUAUCAAUGUCACGGCGACCGCAAACACUACGAUUAUUACCGAGAGUCUUGUCACCGUGCCCACUCCGAGUGGUUUUGUCCCUGUAGAAGAGUCUUCGGGGGAUGAAGACUACGAUGGGACCGUUAGGCGAAGUGAUACAGAGGCCGAGACAGACAUUCUUCGACCCCGUCAAGGACUCACUCCGACACCUGAUACCUCUUAUAUCUCUCUCAUUUCCAUUGUCACGCGAUUGGUUCCGCGAACAACUUCGACGGUGUUUGUGACGUUGACCAAAACAAGUACGCAACGGCCGCCGCGGACCGUCACCGAGUCGACGACCAUCGCUGUGACCAGCACUGUGGGCGUUCCUGAUGUCCCAGUGAGCUCUACUGUGAUCGUGACGGCCGCUACCACCGUGAACUUGACGCAGACCAUCACAGUCCCAGCAGAAACGACCGUGUUGACCAUCACCAACACUCAAUACAACUACACUGCUGUGCGGAGCACGUAUCUCGCGUGUGCGACCGACAACCUCCUAGGCCCUCGCAUCCAGGACGGCAGCUACAUCAACAAUGUGGUGGACAACGUGCGGGCCAACGUCGGCACGGGCACCAAUGCGACCUCGAGCUACGAGUGCUGCACCAUCUGCCAGGACGUGGUCGACGGCUUUUGCGACUUUGCCUAUUUUGACACGCAGACCAGCGCUGGUGGUGGGAACUGCGUGCUGUACAAGGCCAACGCGCCGAGGAGGGGUGCCGCCACGUGUGCUCGUGCGCAGGCCGGGUUCUUCAACACAAACAGGCGCACGGCGAAUCGGUGGGUCGUCAUGAACGGGCCGUGUGGGCAGUUGGUGCACGGGAAUCCGAGCCGGGCGGCCUCGACAACGGCUGCGGUGCCUACCUAG